CGGGAGUUUAGUUUUCAACUUCGUUUGAUCGUCUGCUGGCAUAAGUGAUAUUGAUCAAGCAAGAAAACACCUUCAGGCGCUCGCAUGCUCUCUGAUGGGUCCACGAAUUAGAAGCGUUCGCGAGUAACCGCUGCGUUGUGCCUGAUAGACGCAUAGAGAUGAUGUCGGCGGCAGCAGCGGCGGUGUGCGGGGGAUCCCCGGUCCUGCCUUCAAGUACGGUGGAUCCGGCCACAAACGAUGCGCCGCUGGAGUUUGCGGCACGAAUCAAGACCACUGUGGCCCCCGAAGGGCUCGGACGUCCUGUGGGAGCAACAUUUGGGAGCUUUGCUGCUGGUCUGGCUGAAGGAGCCACUGGCCUCCCCUCAUUGGCUAGCCUCAUGGGCAGUCCUGCACCCUGGGGUGUGCCCCCAUUUAUCGGCCUGCCCGGAGACCAUGCCCUUAUGGGAGUGGUUUCCAGCUACAGCCAGUGCCCACAGUUUGGUUUCCUAGGACCACCACCUGAAAUUGGGCCCGGAAUACUGCCAGCCACUGUUCUCAGCCCGAACGCACCUGUGAAGGAGCUGCUGAGGUUUCCAAGCUGUGUCCUGUACCCUCCAAAGCCAAAUAUGCCACCGCCAGCCACACGAGAUCGACCUCCAGGCUGUCGCACAGUGUUUGUGGGUGGCCUGCCUGAGAGCUCUACGGAGGAGCUGGUGCGAGAGGUUUUCCAGCACUGUGGCACCAUCACCACCGUUCGCAUGAGCAAGAAGAACUUUUGCCACAUCCGUUUUGAGACAGAAGAGCAAGUGGAUCGUGCCAUUGCCCUCUCAGGGUACCGGAUGAAAAUUCGAGACCAAGAGGAGGCCAGCCACACUGGACGGCUGCAUGUGGACUUUGCACAGGCACGAGACGACCAGUACGAAUGGGAGUGCCGCCAGCGAGCUUUGCAGCGUGAACAGCGCCACCGGGAGCGGUUGGACCGUGAGCGGUUGCGGCCGCCUUCACCGCCGCCAGUGGUCCAUUAUUCAGACCAUGAGGCCCAACAGCUGACUGAGCGUCUCAAAGGGGACGAAAGCUUCCAGAAGGCAGUGCAAGUGCUGACAGUGUGGUUGGACCGCGGGGAGUGCACCAAGCGCAACGCAGGUCAAUUUUACUCAAUGCUGCAGACAGCCAAUGGUCACAUCCGCCGCCUACUCCAAGAGAAGCAGGAUCACCAAGAAGCACUGGACAAGGCCCGUGUCCUAUUUGCCCAGAGGCUCCAGGGGAUCCUUGUCCAAUUGGGACAAAUUGAGAAGGUAUUUUCCAUGGCCAGUCAUCAGAAGGUUUGGGACCAUUUCACCAAGGCCCAGCGCAAGAACAUUGAUACCUGGCGCAAGCAAUCUGAGGAAAUCAAGUCUGCGCACUUGGCUGAUGUGUUGGACAAGCGCCAGGAAGAUGAGAUGGAUCUGAGUGAUGAGGACGAGCCGCCACCUGCAAAGGCAGCCAAGAUAUCAGAGAGUGGCUCAGAAGUUGAUGGCUGCACUGCUCUGGCCGCAGAAGAUGAAUCAGCAGCAGCGACGCGACUGGCCCUGCAAGAAGAGUGCGACUCCCUCCGGUGCCAGCUGGAGGCGUAUCGCAACGAGGCGCAGCUUCUCAAGGCUGAGCAAGAGCAGCGAGACCAGCAGCUGCACUUGCUCCAACAAGCCUUGCAGGGCCUUCAGCAGCAGCGUGCACGGGAUUUCCAGGAACUUGAAAAAUUGCGGUCAUCCAAAAACGGCUCUACGCCAAGUCCUGAGAGAGAACCAUGCUCAGCAUCUGGUUCGCGGAAUGAAGUGUCCUCGUCUACUCAGGUUGCAGGGAUAAGAAUCACUGAAAAGGAUGCAAAGCUGAUUGGUUUGGUGUCCAUGUUCCUGCAUCUGCAUCCGGACGGUGCAAGUCUGGACUACCUGUGGUCAUAUGUGCACACUCGGGAGCCAGCUCUGCAGCCCUGUGAUGUCGAGGUGCUCCUCUCCAAGUUCCCCACCCUGUUCCCACUCGAGGUCACAGGUGUCGGUGCCACUCUUGAGAGACGAUGGAAGUUUGGUGGAUUUGCACCGUCUCUUUGAAAUGUUUUUCUCGUCUGUUUGUUCUUGACUCUAUUUUUUUCCUCCUCCUUGGCGCCCUUCUUUGAUUUUGCGUACUCUUCUGUCAAAGCUCUCUUGUCUUUCCCUAUUUCGGUGUUGUUCCUGUCACGUCGGUCCUGAUUGUCAAACUCGAAAAGUACAUGCAUUUUCGUUUUACAGAUCAUGCAACAUCACAGUAUUAUUUCAAGUAUGUUGUACACAAAAGAUGUCUGUUCAAAAUGUGGCUUGACCUACAAUGUUUGUUCUCACUGAGCCGUGUUAUCUAUUUAAGGACAAACCUUAUUUAGGCAAGUGCAGCCUUGUUACGUCCCCAGAGCAAGGCUUGACUCAUGGCCCAUCAGAAUUCUUACAGAUGCUUGUGUGAUGGACACGGUGAUGAACUAGUGCAGCAAUCCAUGGGCAGUUUAAAUUGGUACAAUUUUCCAUGUAUAACGUGUCAGCUUAUCAGCUCCUUGCACAUUCAAACUGCCUGUGCAUGGGCACAUUUCGAUAUGUACUGUUUCUUAAGCUGUAACCUAACACUCACACGAUGUGCAUACCUCUGUUGGUUGAACAGUGCAUGCUAGUCAAGUAUGGCAGCAUUCUCAGUCUUUAUUGUUGUUAAAUGCGUUCAAUUGUAGGGAACGGCUUUUAUGCACUUUUUUUUAUUAUUGGUAUUUAUCUCACCUGCAUGAAGGCAUAUACAAUGCUGUGUCCUAUCCAUCUGACUGUAACCCGGUAUGUUGCAUGUUUUGCUUACCCUUGUUGGUGGCAAUUUACAACAGCAGUGCAAGCUAUAUGGUUGUCAUGGUGUUUUCGUUCUAUUUCGGAGUUUAUUUUGUUCCUGCUAAGCGCAUUAGGAAAGUAGGAUUGUGUUAUUGAAGUGAUGGUAUAUAUAAUGCUUACUGUCUCUAAGCUAUCAAUGAUGUGGCAAAUACAAGGGGCAGCAGCAAUCCAAUGGGUGCAGAAUGCAAAAUGAUUGUGCACCAUGCUUUGGAUGGAAAUUAACCUGUAGCACCCCAGCAUUGCUUCUCUCAUAGCCUGUGUGCUACGACUGGACAGUAACCCCCAUCAAACAAUGAAGCUAUCUUCAUACAACAGCAAGUGAGCCAAGCAUGCCUGGUCGGUUUUGUGAUAUGUCAUCACACAAGCAUGGACUAGCUGGCAGGCCAGUGCUGCUGACAAAUUGCGGCAGGAAAAUGGAUGAAACUACCAUGAAACACAGAAUAAUGCUGCCAUAGUAAGCAUGGCUAGCCUCUUGGUCAGGCCAUCAUACCUGCUGCUCACAAUCUUCAAUACAUUGUCAGAUGAUUAGCAGUUAUGAACCAAAGAAGAUGCAAUGAGCAGUGGUAUGGGGGCUGACAUCUUCAAUUCCAUUCCAUAAAAAUUCGGUUCAGUUCAAAAAUGCACUCAGAGGCUGUUUUAGUGCAUGGCAUUUCCUCUGUUGUACAAUCAGUAUGCACUCUCAUUUUGCCACCACAGUCCACCAUCUGGUUUCAACCAGCUUUCCAGUCAGCAGUUGCAAGGCGUUAUUUAAAAAGAAAAUUGGGCAGGUCAAAAUCUCCUGCAAUGCUUGCAACAGAUGUUGCCUAGCUGUUGCACAUCACAUGCACAUCUCAAUUACGUGCACAACAGCAAAUUUUAGAUUUCUGCUUGUCAUGCAGUAUUAGUGCAGUUAGUGCAACUGCUCGUUGUACUAUGCAAAAUUUUCACAGUACUCUUUACAGCGUGCAAUUCAACUGAAGUGUGUCGGUGUGAGAGGAGGCCAUCUCCCUUACUGCCAAUGUGCACAUCCUGCCACUCAGUGCCACGAAGGAAGUGGUCGAGCUGUGAUAGCGUUAGUGCAAAUGAGCCGUUUUACCGACUGCAUUAUCGCAAAAGGUUGCUUCUGUAUUAAAAAGACCCCCCGAGGUUUUUCAUCGAAGCUGCAGCCUCUUUGUCUCUAAAGGGUUCCUUCUCUCCAUUUCAUUGCAAAUCUGCUGGAUGGCAAUGCCUGAGCAAGCACUUGUAACAAUUGUACUGCUUAGGCGGUUGUGUGUAAUAUUGUGUAACGCCUUCCUUUAUCCUUCUUUUGCCUGCACAUUCGUGAACAUUCUGUUUUCUUGUGCAAAGAAAUAGACCAAUGCUGGCUUUCACCUUCUGCGAGGUGAUCUCUU